AUGCUGGCAGAUGAAGAAGAGGAUGAGUCCCCGCAGCAGCAGCAGCAGCAGCAGCAGCACCAAAAGCAGCAACUGCAGCAACUGCAGCAACAACCACAGCAGCAGCAUGAGCCAGAGGAGCAGCAGCAACAGCAGCAGCCGCAGAAAGACCAGCAGCUAGAGCAGCGUGAGUCAACGCCGUCGCCGCAUUCCCAGCAGCAACAGCAGCAGCAGCAGCAGCAGCAGCAGCAUCUAUAUUUGUACGAGCGUCGCGGCCGCAGCAGCCGCCGUUGGAGUUUGGCGCUUUCGAGAUGCAGCAACUUAGAAAAGGAUGAGGAGGAGGUCAAACGCCUGCAGCAACGAGACUCCCUAUAUCCUGCGAAGAUCCUCAUACCCUGCCGCGAGACAGCAGCAGCAGGAGCAGCAGCAGGAGCAGCAGCAGGAGGUGCAGCAGGAGCAGCAGCAGGAGCAGCAGCAGGAGCAGCAGCAGGAGCAGCAGCAGCAAGACACGGGGUGUAUAGGAUGAUGCCUCUGUCUGAUUUGCUUCGUUUGUUUGUUUGUUUUGUUCCGAAGCCCUUUGCCGGUUUACUCUUCACAGACUUUUCUUUUUCAGGAGCAGCAGCAACAAAAGCAAUUCAAAGUGCCCUCAACAUCAAUCAGCCCGACGCCUUAUACGGUUUAGUGGAGCAGCAGCAGGAGCAGCAGCAGGAGGUGCAGCAGGAGCAGCAGCAGGAGCAGCAGCAGGAGCAGCAGCAGGAGCAGCAGCAGCAAGACACGGGGUGUAUAGGAUGA